GCACCUCCACGUUGCUAGGUCAUCUUACGGGUAUAUAAGGGCAGGCGGAGCAGAGCCGUGGCAUCAGUGGCCAGCUGUGAGCUUCACGUGAAGGCACAACAUGAGACUGUUGCUACCACUCUCUCUCCUCGCCAUCAUCCUCUCUCUCGCAGAGGGGGUAAUGGUGUGCUACUACGGCUCCUGGGCCGUCUACAGGCCCGACAACGGCAAGUUUGACGUGGAGAACAUCGACCCGUUCAUCUGCACCCAUCUCAUCUUCGGCUUCGCUGGACUCGGCUGGGACAACCAAAUCAGGGUGCUGGACCCGUACAACGAACUGUGUGAGAACUACGGCAAGUGCGCCUACGACAGGUUCACUGCGCUCAAGCAGAAGAACACAGAACUGGUCACCAUCCUGGCCGUGGGAGGCUGGAACGAGGGAUCCACCAAGUAUUCUGAUAUGGCUGCGGACGAAGGUACUAGGAAGAUCUUCGUUGACUCCUCCGUUGAGAUGCUGAAGACUCACAACUUCGAUGGUCUGGACAUGGACUGGGAGUACCCGACCCAGCGUGGAGGAAAACCAGAGGACAAGGUGAACUUCAUCAGCCUUCUGUCAGAGCUGAAGACGGCACUCCACGCCGAAGGAAUGAUCCUGACGGCUGCUGUGUCAGCAGGAAAGCUGACCAUCGACCCAGCCUACGACAUCCCCGCCAUGGCUGAGAACAUAGACAUUGUCAACCUGAUGGCGUACGACCUGCACGGUGCCUGGGAGACCUACACCCACCACCAGUCUGGUCUCUAUCCUUACCCUGACGACACCGGAGAUAACGUUUACCUCAACCAGGACUUCGCUGUGAGGUACUGGAUAGACGGAGGAAUGCCAAGCACCAAGAUCGCUCUGGGAGUGCCUCUGUACGGCCGCUGCUACAAGCUGGACUACAGCACUGACGAGACUGGUUACUACGCCCCUGCCAGCCAGCCAGGACCAGCUGGACCUUACACCAGGAGUCCAGGCUUCCUGGGCUACAACGAGAUCUGUGAGUUCCAGAAGAAUGAGGGUGACUGGGUAGUGGAGAUAGCACCAGGUAUGAACGAACCUUACACCUACAGCUACAACCACGAGAGGAUCUGGUGCUCUUACGACGACCAUGACUCUUGCGUCAUCAAGGCCAACUACGCUAAAGACAUGAACCUGGCUGGUAUGAUGGUGUGGAGCGUUGAAACCGAUGACUUCCUUGGCAUCUGUGGUGGCCGUGACUUCGAGCUCAUCAGGACCUUGGCUGAGACUUACAGCGGCGGGGACAUCACUGUUCCACCUCCCCCAUCAACCACCACCAGGGACCCUGAUGCGCCAACCACCACCGCCGGCAGCACCGUCAGCACCACCACACCCACCACCACAACCGCCCGCACACCGCCUCCUCCUGACGGUGUGUGUCAGAAGCCAGGACUCAACGCUGACCCGGAGAACUGUCAUCACUACUACCUCUGUGCCCCGAAUACCAGCGGUGGGUAUGAUGCCACGGAGGAGGUGUGCCCCCCUGGCACCCUCUACAAUCCUGAUGCCUUCAUCUGCGACUGGGAGAACUCCGUCUGCGCCAUCGGGGACAUCUGCCCAGACGAUUGCGCUUAAUUUCCUCAAGUUCAGAACCCCGUCUUGUGUGAUGUCUGUUUCGCAGCCGAGUUCUCUCUGUGGCACAGAGCCAUGGCUGUAGCACAGAGCCAUGGUUCUUGUCUUGAAAGUCGCCUUGUGGUCACGCCUGUGGUAAUUCGCUGUGGGGAGAGAAUGCUCGCGUCUGACGCACCAUCUGUUCUCCAUAUAUUUUUUUUUAGAUUGCUGGAAGGCCCUUAGGGGCUCGUUCCUGCCCUUCCCUCAGUCAAGGAACGCCCUGAGACAGUCAGGGAAGGAGUGGAAGUUCACUACCUCCGUCCACCUCCUGAUGGAUAGGACAUCUUCUUGACUCCUCCAAUAUCUAGAACUGAUGGAGUGUUCUCUAUCCACCUCCAUUAGUGGAGUACCAUCUCUAUUUCCAUCGGAAGUGAUGGAGGUAUAAUGCAGAGCAGUUCACCCACACAACAACAACAAUGCAGCGCUCAAGACAACGAUUCUUUACAGUAAUAACGUCUUGUGUUUAUUCCCUGUGUUAACUUUAUCAAGUUACAAGUCUAUCUGCCUUUUGUUAUAGAGUAUUGACGUGUACAUUUAUAUUUUAUUAUAUUUAAAUAAAUUACAUUGUUUC